UUGGAGAGAAAGACGAACGAGCGCGAGAGAGGCGUAUAGAUACCACGGACAUAUCGGUAAAGGGAUUGCGGGUCUUCAACCCACGACAAACAAACACGCAGAGCUGAAGCUUAUUUCGAGGAGAGAGAGAGGGAGCUGUGAUCGAAAAAAAGGAAGGGGAGGGGACGGCUAACUUUGACAGACCUGGACUGGCCUCCAGCGGCUGACACGAGCCCGGGUUUAAUUUAGAGUGACAUCAACAAAAAAAACUGAUCUGAAGGAGCCCCUGCAUUCUUAGAGCACCAGAUCGCCACCCCUUUGCCGCCCCCCUCACGCUAGUCUAACAGACCCCUCGACCUGCCACCAUGACGUCGGAGCUGGAGAGCAGCUUGACCUCCAUGGACUGGCUCCCACAGCUGACCAUGCGGGCGGCUAUUCAGAAGGCAGACGCUCAGGGCGUUCAUGGGCCAGGCAUGGCUAAGAAGAGCGCCUUCCUGGACCCCAACACCACACUGGACCAGGAAGAGGUGCAGCAGCACAAGGACGGCAAACCACCAUACAGCUAUGCCAGCCUCAUCACGUUUGCCAUCAAUAGCUCGCCAAAAAAGAAAAUGACACUGAGCGAGAUCUACCAGUGGAUCUGUGACAAUUUUCCCUAUUACAGGGAAGCUGGCAGUGGAUGGAAGAACUCAAUACGGCACAAUCUCUCGUUGAACAAGUGUUUUCUCAAAGUGCCUCGCUCCAAAGAUGACCCAGGAAAGGGUUCGUACUGGGCAAUCGACACAAAUCCAAAGGAGGACACGCUGCCCACACGGCCCAAAAAGAGGCCACGGUCUGGAGAGCGGGCAUCUACACCGUACAGCCUGGAGUCGGAUAACUUGGGAAUGGACUGCAUCAUCUCUGGAAGUGCCUCUCCAACGCUGGCAAUCAACACUGUGACUAACAAGGUGGCAUUGUAUAACCCCGACCAGGAUGGGAGUGACAGCCCUCGAAGCAGCCUUAACAAUAGCCUGUCCGACCAGAGUUUGGCCUCUGUUAAUCUCAACAGUGUGGGCAGCGUGCACAGCUACACUCCGGUGACGAGUCAUCCAGAGCCGGUAUCCCAGUCCAUGAGCUUGCAGCAGACCCCUCAGGCCCAGUACAACAUACCGGACCGUGACAAGCAGCUGCUGUUCUCUGACUUUGAAGAUCUCAGUGCCUCCUUCCGCAGCCUUUACAAGACUGUGUUUGAGCAGUCCUACAACCAACAGGGUCUGAUGGGUAUGCCGUCGGAGUCCUCCCAGCAGACCCACACCUCCUGCUCUUACCAACACUCCCCCAGCAGCACCAUCAGCACUCACCCUCACAACAACCAGAACAGCAUCACUAACUCCCACAACAACAUCCCCAACAACGGUAGCCAGGUGCCUCUCUCUCACCCCCCUCACUCCGCCCACAACUCAGCCCACAGACACCUCUCCCAGCAUGGCCCGCACACCCAGCACAGCCAGCACCCACAUACAGCGCACAGCCAACACCCACAGCACAGCCAACUUCCCCAGCACAGCCAGCAUGGGCAGCAUCCCUCCCAGCACCAGGCCCACGGCCAGCACACAGCACAGCAACAGCAGCAACACCAGAAUCUCUCUCACCAGCCCCAUCCUGCCCAGCAACAGAUGCAGUGCAACACCGGUCUUCCCAAUGACUGGUAUCCCAACCUGGAUGCACUGAAAGAAAGCUGCCGCAUUGCCAGCAGCUACAACUGGGCUGAUGUGGAUCUGUCACCUUUUCAAGGUUUGAAAGAGAGCAUGAGGCAAGCGGAGCUGAAUAACUGGUCUCUGGAGCCCACUCAGAUGGCAGACCUGUGCUCCUCCAUUAAUCAGUUCUUUGCUCGUACUGGAAUCCAGACACAGGGAGCAGUGCAGCCGCCAGUGUGCCAUGGCUCCAUGCAUCCAAACAAGCCCAGCUCACACAUUAACACAGGAAACAUGUACAUGGACUCGAGACAGAGUUUGAGUUCCAUGAUGGGUCCUCCAGGAUAUCCCCAUAUGCCCCCAAUGAGUAGCGCUGGUCCCACUAUGACAGCCCAUCACACUCAGAUGAACCAGCAGCAAAUGAUGCCUACUGGAAACUUCCAGAUGCGCCGCAUGCCCGCCGAUGACAUCCAGGAUGACUUCGACUGGGACUCCAUUGUCUAACCCAGUCCCUGAGCACAAAGAGCGGUGCAGACAAAUGAGAGAAGAGCGUAUGAGGCAGAGUGUUUGAGUUACAGAGCAAGAGGGCUGGACCUGUGGUGUCUGCAUGCCCGUGACAGAUGGCAGAUUGGAACGGGACACUUGAAAAAUAGUGCAGGUGUUGUUCAUUAUGUCCUGAAAGAGACUCCUGUGUUCCUGGUGUUUUUAUUAAAUAAAAAAAAACAAAAAUUUUACUUUGAAGACAAUCACAUUUACUAGGACAAGUUUAAGUGAUCGCUUUUAUACUUGCCUAAGGGGCAAGUGGUUCAUGUUUGUCAAAAUGUCUCCCGACCCACAGCCUCUCUGCAAGCCCGCUCAAUUGCCAAGCCCUCUCCUGCUCUUCAACUGUUGUUCUGUGAUUUUCUAGUGAUCUGUCUGGCUUGUUCUCCCCUGUCAUGGUGACUAACUCAGGCCUUGACUGCCUAUCAGAUGAGAUUGGCUUUCUCAUUUGUGUUGUGAAACUUCCUCUGAGAUGCAAGGCACUUUUCUGAAGAAAGGGGCGACAUUGCGGGUAACAAUGCAGUUUGACACUCUAAGCAUCUGAUAUUGCAUUUCAGAUGGUUGUUUAGGUGGGCCGUUCAGGCACAAGUAGCCGUCGAGAGUGAUUUUGCUCCUCUGACCUUACACACUGUAAUAUGUAGAAAAGUUGCCAUGCAUCUAAAUCAGAUUAUAGCAGAGUAUCAUUGCUCAUAACAAGACAUGUAAACCACAUUACCUGCAGUAUUUGUUCUUGUGUAUCUUUGCUGUCUGAAGUGUAACAUGUUUUUGUCACUAAUAGUUUUAGCUAAGCUUGAACUUGUGUGUCAGGAAGUGAUUUUGAUCCAAACCUCACUAUUAUGAAUUUCUUGUUGAUCACUAUACUUUUGCAUGCAUAAUCCUCAUUCUUUUUCUUUGACCAUCUCCUUUCAAAAUGUUUCAGUCCCAAUUGGACUGCAGUUCUUUGUUUAGGUUCAUUUAACGCCCUCAGGACGUGCCGCUUACAUUUCCAUGCGUUGUGUUGGUGUGAUAUCUUUUCUGAUUGGAGAUAUGUGGGAUACUAUAGUGCCCUGUUCAUGUUGCAAAACCAGCCUGCUGUUUGCUUUUUUAGAGCAGUAUUGAGGAGAGACUAAAGUCACAUCAAGGCACAUUUGCUUAAUGGUCCGCAAUAAAAGAGCACUCUUUAUUUUAACCCCAGGACCAACCGACAUGAAAUGGCUUGCUCUUUGCUGCACUGACAAGGACUUCUGCAGAGAGCAUACCUUCACUUUAGCAGUUGCUUUUUGGACAGCAAAUGUUAGGUGGAGUGUAAUGUUGAAAAUUAGAGAGAUGGCUAAAACAUUCAGACGCACUAAUAGUCAUGUUCUCAUUGCUUAGAGAAGUAGGUGAAAAUAUGAGACUAUCAAGUGUAGUGCUCUUAAACAAGGCACACGCUCGAGGUUACUGUGUCUGUAACUUACUACCAUCAAUAGUUUGAAAACUUUGGUUGCUCAAUGAUAGCAAACUUAACUAACCGUACUAUCAUUUUAUUGUAUCGGCUGUUUAGAGAGGAUAUCGGGAGGUGUCUGUGCAAUAUUGUUUGUUUAGGACUGUCAGUGAUCACAAUCAUCUCUAUUAAAGAGCAAAAAUUAAUGCACUAAUGAGUGUAAGGUCUAGAUAUAGAAUAGAGGAUCCCAUAUUUGACAUAGAUGAAGGCAUUUACCUUCUUCAGGGUAGUUAUCGGUGAGAAGCAGCACUCUGAUUAGGCCAAAUAUUAGUGUGCUGGGAAAUUGUAGAGAUGGUUCAGUAAAGUCAACAAAAAGCCAUAGAGUGCAGAAGAAAAGAGAGUGCAUCUGUUUUCUCAUAGCUUGACAGUUUACGCUUCCAAAUGUCUGCGUUAUACACGUUACUCUCUUCCAAUCCUGUGCUGGUCUCUUGGUUUCAUUAAUUUUAUAUAAAUCUUUUGCUUUUUUGUUUAGUUAUUGAUGAGGGCAUACGAUUUGACUUGGCUAAGUAAAAUAAUCUAAUGACAAUCGUUGUGUGUAUGUGUGUGUUUGUUUGUAUGUAUGUGUGUGCAUUUCAGUAUUAUAACAUUUUAAACUUAGUAUUUAUACUAAUCAUUACCAUGUAUUGGCAUAUGAUCCCUAACCUUAAAACUUAUAGUACUCGAACGAAAUGGAUGGAUCUCAAGAAAACGUGUCCAGGUCGCAUUUCAAUGCUAAAACAAAAUAAAAAUUUACAUAUAGAGUAUAAAUGAAAUUCUAUUCUGCGUGAAGAAAAUUAAGUGAAGAAAAUAUUAUUUUCCAUUAUGAUUUUCUUGACAAUGAAGAAAACUUUCUCUUCAAAUUCUCAUUGCUUCCUUAACUCUUGAGAUUUUUGCAGUUCCCAUUAUUCUCAAUGAAUUGUUAAUUAGAUUUAUUAUACUAAUGAUUAUUAGAUUUGCUUUAAUACAGUACUUUUUACAAUAUUACAGUAAAAAAAUACUGUCAUAUUGAUUUAUAUCUGCAUAAAUUAUAGUCAGCACAAAUGUACAAAUGCAUACAAUUAAAAUAAUAUAGUAUACAUCACAGUGCAAAACAUCUUAAUGGUCAUAAAUUAGGCUUCAUGUUAUUUAAGACAAGUAUAACUUUUGAUUUUGGGGUGAAAUGCGCAUCAAGUUGGCAUGUUGCUUCCGAAUGUUCCAGUACCCUUACAUCGGCCCCAUUAUGCAGAGUUACUGACAAGUACCAUCUCUUAUCAGACAUUUUUUAAUAGGUUCAAGUGUGUUUAUCUUCUCAUGUGGGUUGACCGAUAGCAUGUUAAGUCUGCAGCAUGGGAGAUCUGGAUUCUCUUCCCACAUUUAAACAAGGAAGUAAUUUCAUUUGCAUAGUCAGUGACGAAUGUUACGUUUUCCCUUCAAAAUUAUAACUUUUUACUCCACUAAUGGUUAAGUUUAGAGUUAAUACAAUAUGCUUUACUCUUCACAUAAUUUACAGCCAAAACAACUUGCUUAACAACUCUCUUUUGGCGCCCCUCUGUGGGCAUUUCACCCAGAAACUAGAGCUCACACAUGCCCUUAAGUUAAAAAACUUCACAAAACCGUGGACAGAAGAGUGAAUGAGAGCAUUCCUUCGGUGUACUACCAAAAUAAAAGCUUCUGUCAAAAAAAAGGCCUGCUUGCAUAGCUAUGGUGCAUGCAGGUUAAGAAAAUAUUACAUCAAAAUAAUAAUAUAUAAUAAUAAAUGUUGUUGAUAUAACACCAAAAUAUAUUUCCAAAAUAAUUUCUCAAUUUAAUAAUGACUUUAAAAUGAUGAAAGGUGGGCUGAAACCUCAUCAUAAUGUCAACAAAAACAGGUAAACAGUGAGGAGAUACAAUGUAAAGAAGAUGUGUUUCAAAGGUUUUUCAAAAUAAUCUAACUUAAAAAACAAAAUGUAGUUCAGCCCGAGAAAGUCUACCCACUGUUUCCGAAUUCACUCUGACAUUAGUCUGAAACGUGACCUGGACAGGUUUCGUGAGAUUCAUCCUAAGAAGAUUUUGAUGGUUAAGGAAUCCAGUGAGUGACGUUUCUGCCUGAUUCUUCACUGAAUUGUGUCCAUUAUCCAGCUUUGUAUAUAGUUAGUUACAUACCGAUGUAGUCCAUCCUUUCAUAACCAAAUGACAGUUGGCAAAACCAAUCGACAUAGUUGGCGAAACCAUAGUACUGAAGCCUAACAUCGCCCUGAAACCAAACUCUGUUGCAAAUGUGAUGAACAAUGAUGCUGAAUUUUUGAGUCUGUUCAAAUUGCUUGGUCCUACAAGAUCGCACAACUGUUAUCCACUUCAGCCCCAACCAAUUGUUUAAUGGCUAUUCUCAAGUCUGCUUUGGCUCUCUUCAUCCUUUUUGUCCUUCUCUUCCAUAGUUUUUAUAUGUAAUUCGUUUAUGUUUUGGAGAUUGUCAAAGUCUUCACAAGCCUUGUGAAUCUAGCUUCAUUGUUUUUGUUAUUCAAAGAGCUUUCAGACUGCAAAUUGGCCAUUUGUGCACUUUGAGAAGAAGCACAAGUGCUCAUGUUGUACGUUAACUAAAGGAUCUCAGCACAUGUACUCACUCUAAAGUGAAAGUUUAGCAUUGAUCCACCCUCAGUGUGAACUUUGAUACCAUAAUGUGGUGUACACCCUCUGUCAUGGUUUGUCUAGAUAUUGACCACAGAAGGACUGUCAGUUUUAAGCUGGAAAUAUUUAGUAUGUGUUGCCAGUCUAUUUGUGGUAGUGAUGUAUUUGGAUCUCUUGUUUGCCAAAGAGAGUAAGUUUAAAUAUACCUGGUCAAGGGAAAAGUAAGUCUGAUGAGUCGGACUGAAAAGAAAGCUUAAGGGAGUGCAAGAGAAUAUGAGCUGGACAGAUGACAAGUUCUCUCUCUCCUCUUUUUCUCUAAAAAAAGAAAAAUGAAAUAUUUGCUCCUUUGAUUUUGUGUUUGUGUUGUGUGAAAGUUGUAACCGUUUAAAGACAACUCCGUUUUCUUAAAACAAAAUAAAAUGAAAAAAUAAAAAUAGAAACAAGUGGAGAUGCAUCUGCCGGAGAGAUUACAGUAAUAGAGGAAGAUUCGAGAAGCCUUGUUACAUUUACAGGAGAAAACUGCCAACAAGUUCUGGUAUUCGGAGCCUAUUUUAUUCAUUGUUGGUGUGUUGUUGUGCUUAUUGUAAAUAUAUGUCUUUUCAACUGUCCUUUUUUCCUCUGGGGUGGCGAGGGAUCAAGGCAAGGGCUCGGGGUUCACCUGCGAAAGAAAAGAGGGAGAUGAAUACAGAGUAUUUUGUUAUUGUCCAAUCCAAGGGUGACACAUUAUGUAUAUAUCUAUAUUGUAUAUAUGUGAUGAAAAUGCGUUGGCUUUUUGUGUGACACUACCUUUUACCUGUACUAUGGUUCAACAUUCAGUGUUUCAAUGUUUAUAUUUUAAUCUUUGUUUUCUGUUUGAUUUUGUCAUGGUCAUUACUUGUAUUUGUUGUUUACUUUGUUUUCUCCUUUUUGUCCCCUUUUUUUUUUUUUUGUUAUUGCACGGUUCAUUACUUUUGCUGUCCAGUAAGAUGACACAGCUUCUCUUUGUAUUGGUUUUAGUGCUGUAAAAUAACUCUGAAGUGUCAAUGCCUCCCCUUCCCCGAUAUGCAUGAAUGGCACUUAAAGAAAUAAAAUAUGUUAACUUCAC